CCCCCAAUGGCGACGGGAGCUUUGCGCAUGACGUUUGCGGGAAGCUCCGGACGGGCAGGGAAGAAGCAACGACUCUCAACUCAAGACCGACGACAUCUCUUUCGCCCAUUUGCAUCUCCCCAACGCUGACUCCAAGUCAUCAUGGCCCUGAACCCGAGAUUUGCAGGCCAAAAGCUCGUGCCCAGCGGCUCGGGCAAGACGUUACAUACGCUAGAGUUUUUCCUGGACUAUGUCUGUCCAUUCUCGGCCAAACAAUUCAAGACCCUCUACGAGAUCAUCCCGCUCGUCAAGCAAAAGUACCCCGACAAAGUGCAGUUCAUCUUCCGGCAGCAGAUUCAGCCAUGGCAUCCAUCCUCUACGCUCGUCCAUGAGGCAGGCGCCGCAGUGCUCCGAACCAACCCGGACAAGUUCUGGGACUUCUCCGAGAGGCUGUUCGAGAAGCAGACGGACUUCUUCGAUGUCAACGUCGUGAACGAGGCGCGGAACAAGACAUAUGAGCGGUUGGCAAAGAUUGCAGGAGAUGUAGGCGUGGACAGCAAGAAGGUCUACCAACUGCUGGAAGUGCCAGACAAGCCGGACAAGGAUGGCAACACCAAUAUUGGCAAUGGGGUGACGGACGACAUUAAGAUCAUGACCAAGACAAAUCGCUUGGUUGGAGUUCAUGUCACGCCGACGGUGAUGUUCAAUGGCGUCGUCGAGGGCGGCAUCUCUAGCUCCUUCACCAAAGAAGACUGGGAUAAGUGGCUCGCGAAGAACAUUACGUAAACCGUACCUGGCUAGAACACCACUACAACGCACCAUCUCCACGCCACUCUUCUCAACAAUCCACGUACCUCUCCGUGUCC